AAUUUAAUAUUAAACAUGGACCCACGAUAAUUUCAAAGGCCCAGACCCAAAAUAUAUAUUGACAGAUAGAGAAAAUCAGAAAAACGGGACCCCGUUCUAAUUUCAUCUAAAAUCGUCACCAAUGCUUCUUCACUUCCCAUAAAAUCUGAACCCACCGGAGACUGCCAUGACGGAUCACCACCACCGGUUCGGCCAAAUCCGAUCUACCUCCCAGGUCCUAAGACAAGCCGCCGUGCAUUUCUACGCCCACCCUUUCACAAUCCUUUUCCUUUCUUUACUCCUCUUCUCUUUCCGUUGUUUAGUUGAAUCCGGUUCCCUUCUCCUCACUUCCUUCAUCGACCGUGACCCUUCUUUCAAAUCCCUUCUUUCCCGCCUCGACCUUCAUCCUUCCCACCCCCACGCGCGUCUUCACCCUACUCGCCGUCCUUUCCUUCACCUCACCCGUGUCGGUACUCUCGACGACGACUUCUUUUCUUCCGACGAUGAUCACCCGGACCGCUCCCUCUUUGGUUCUUUUCCUAACCGCCCCAUCAAUUCUACGCCGGUUAUUCUUUACAACUUUGACACUAGAUUGGGAUUUUCGCAUUCCGUGGCGGAUAACGGGAUUCUGUUGCUGGAGAUUGUUCGUCACGGUGUUAAAUUCAAGACUAGCCCCUUUGAAUAUGAAAGAAAUGAAGGGGAACAACAAGAAGAAAGAGUUGUGGAUUUUCAGUUCGUGUAUAAAGGAUUUGAGUUGGGCCGUCAAGAUGCAGCGACGCUUUUUUUCCUCGUCAGCUUUUUAUCGUUUUCGUAUGGGUGGGUGAUUCUAGGGUUUACAACGAUUUACUCUUUGAUUUUGGGUGUUCUUUUUGUUACAGUUGUUAAUGACUUGAUUGGAAGAUUUGUUUCCUUUAUUGGGGCUUUUUUGGAUGGGUCAAAAGUGGGAUUAAAAAGACUCACUGGGUUCGUUUUAAUGAAAUGGGCGGUAAGAGACGCGGUAACUCAGCUUCUUGGAUUAUGGUAUUUCGGAGAAAUUGAGGAUCACUACUCGUUUUUCAAGCUUUUUGUUAGGUUAAAGUUGAUGCCUUUUUCGGUUAUGUCACCGUGGAUUAGGGGUUUUGAGAAGGAGAUUUCAGGGUUUUUGUUUACGUGGUUCUUGGUGGAUACUUUAGUUGCAUUCGCUUUCUCUCUAGCUGCUUGGAUUGCCAUUGUGGAUUCGAGAAGAACCGGGAGGGAAAUUAUUGAAGAAGGUUGUUAUUUGAUGUCAACACUGUUGAACCAAGCGAUACAGAUCAAGUGCUAUGAAGCUAUUGCCAUGUGGGUUUUGACUUAUAUAGGUGGGGAUCAUUUUUUCGCUACUGUUAUUCAGGCUGCUUUGGAGCUGUAUUUCAUGGUGGCUUGGUUGAUAUUUUACUUUAUGGUGAGGUGUAGGGAAGCUAGUGCAGCGGGUAGAAGGUAUGGGAGGAGAGAAUUGGAGGUUUUGGUUGAUGGACUUAGAUGAUAAUCAACUGGGGAAAAAUGGGUUGAACUUGCCUUUGCAGAUGGUAAUUUCGACUGUGACACUGAAGAUACAGAUAAUCGAAUCAAGCGUGUCGUGUCUUCCUGGUUUUUUGCAGUGAGUGAUGCCAUACUGCCAUUAUUUGGUGUAAGAACCUGCCAAUGCGUUCCAUAUACGUUUGAUUUUAUCAUGAGGCAAUACAUUGCUUUGUAUAUUUUCACUAAAAUUGCUUUUGUCUGUAUAUUUUGUUGCAAUCAAUUGGUGUUUGCUGGCUUGCAGUAUUUGUUCCUUGCUGGUAUCAAUGAGUACAGUAAUGAUGCUAUUAUGUUUAGAACGUUAUCUUUGUGCUGUGGUCUUUUCCCCGUAUCUUCUUGCGUAUGCUAAUGUGAAUUACUUCAUUUGCACGGCACUAUAUUUGCUUUUGUCUGUAUAUUUUGUUGCAAUCAAUUGGUGUUUACUGGCUUGCAGUAUUUGUUCCUUGCUGGUAUCAAUGAGUACAGUAAUGAUGCUAUUAUGUUUAGAACGUAUGCUAAUGUGAAUUAGCUUUGAUUUUACCCUAUUUCUAAUUGAUGCUUUUGGUUAUAAGAUGCUGAUCAUAUAUGCUUGAUAUGGCUAUGACUUUUUUUGAUUUGUCAUUUUAUUGUUGGAAAAGAAGUUCUAGAAAUUGAGUGGAGGCAUGCUGGUACAUCUGCAUUUUAUGCUGUAGUGGGCAGUAUAUUGGGGUGUGGCAUGCAAUUUUAGCAAAUAUUAGAUGUUGCUUUUGUGCUAGGGUAUCAGAAUGAGGUAAAACCUAAGUUAGAAUGAUGUGUUUGGCAUGGGCUGUAAUGAGAAGUGAGAUAAAAUCACCCAAGAUUGUGUAAAUUGAGGUAGGCUGUGCAUUUUUAUCCUGUUUCCUGGUUGCAUUGCUGGUUUUGAAAAGGUUACGGAAAUUUGCUUGUAACUGUUGCCAAGUUGUGGAGUAUUCUGGAGUUCAAUCAGUUGGCAUUCUGAAUUAAGUUUUAAAGGGUCUACAUGAGACAAAUGAAUCUAAUAGACUUUUUAUGAGGAAGUCCUGUUUAAAUUAUGAUCAUUAUCCUUAAAAUGGAUUUCAUUAUUCCAAUGUUUUUGGCUAUCGUGGGGGCUAGCAGCAUGUAUGAAGCGUUUGUUCUGCCAAUGUAGCUGGAGUGGACAGGUUCAAUGGUACUGCUUUUGGAAUUUAAAAGAAGCUUUGGGGCUUUGCACCUUUGAAAUGCUUUUACGUCCAUGUUACAGGUAAUCUGAAGCUUUUGGCCGUUGGCCUUUGAAAUCUUGUUUCUCAUAUGGAGGAAGAUCUCAUCAUAAGCCUUAUCCAUGCAUGUUUUCUGACAGUGUUGGCUGACCUUUUUAUGAUUAUCAGAUGCAAAUAUAUAUAAGUAGGCUGCAUUUUGUCAUAAUGCUUUGAAUUUUUGAAACAAGUAUCCUUUUGUCCUUAAUGUGGAACCACCAAAUUUUGUCAAUAAUUUUUGGUCACUUGAGCAAAGUGUGGAUGGAUGAAGUGUAGAUUUGUUGCCAUACGAAGAAUGAGUUUCUGUACUUAAUUCACCUUGUUAUAGACAGUUUAGACAUCCAAUAAGCUGUGGAAAGAAUGGAAUACAAGAAUCAAACUAUAUGCCAAUUGUGGUGUAUGAUUCUUAACCAAAUAUUUGAGAGAGAAUCGGUGUUCAUUCGUUGAUUGCCUUCUUUUUUUCUCUUAGUUGUUUAUUUUUGUUUUUUGAGUGUAGUUGGAUAUUGAAUUAUUCGAUGUUCAGUAACUUGGGAAUAUGCAAGAUCAACUGGUGAUUAUGUUAGUGUGAA